AUGGCCGGCGAGGGCGACCCACCGCCCGACCUCAACAACCGGCAGGGCGAGGGUAGUGCGAGUGCGAGUUUUCUUCGAGCCGCUCGUGCCGGGAAUCUCGAGAAGGUGUUGGAACUGUUGCGCGGCGGAACCGACAUCAACACAUGCAAUGCGAACGGUCUGAAUGCUUUGCAUUUAGCAUCGAAAGAAGGUCACAGCGAGGUCGUACGUGAAUUACUAAAGCGGGGCGCUCAUGUUGACUCUGCUACAAAGAAAGGCAACACCGCUCUGCAUAUCUCAUCGUUAGCUGGUCAAUCAUUAAUAGUCACAAUUCUCGUCGAAAAUGGAGCCAACGUCAAUGUUCAGUCACUCAACGGGUUUACGCCGUUAUAUAUGGCAGCACAGGAGAAUCACGAAGAUGUAGUCCGAUUCCUCCUAUCACACGGUGCUAAUCAAGCGCUUUCCACUGAGGAUGGCUUCACUCCUCUAGCGGUUGCACUACAGCAAGGUCAUGAUCGAGUCGUCGCAGUGCUUCUCGAAAACGACGCCCGUGGAAAAGUCAGACUACCGGCUCUCCAUAUCGCCGCCAAAAAGGAUGACAUUCGAGCGGCAACGUUAUUACUUCAGAAUGAGCACAAUGCUGAUGUGACAUCGAAAUCCGGAUUUACACCGUUACAUAUUGCUGCUCAUUAUGGUAACGAAAAUGUCGCCCAACUUCUCAUCGAUAAAGGUGCUAACGUCAACUACCAAGCCCGACAUAAUAUCAGAGAUCUACUUACACCUCUUCACUGCGCGUCACGAAGUGGGCACGAUCAAGUAGUCGAUCUUCUGCUCGAAAAAGGCGCUCCGAUCAUCGAUGACGUCACGGUGGACUACUUAACACCGCUCCAUGUGGCAGCUCACUGUGGACAUCUACUUAGUGUUGCAAUCAUGAAAAUUUUCGCAGUCCCCCAAUUCUGCAAAAAUGGAGGCACGAAUGGUGGGAAACCUGUCUUGCAUAUGCGGUCGUUCAUUAAAAACCUAUUGGGUUUUUUCCCGUUUUUGAAUCCCGGAAAACUCUUGAAACUUCAUAAACUUUUAAGGGUUGCAAAACUAUUACUGGAUAGAAACGCGGAUCCAAAUGCUCGAGCAUUGAACGGUUUUACACCGUUGCAUAUAGCGUGCAAGAAGAACAGGAUCAAGGUUGUCGAAUUGCUUCUGAAAUAUCAUGCGUCAAUUGAAGCAACAACAGAAUCUGGUCUAUCACCCCUUCACGUCGCUUCUUUCAUGGGAGCUAUCAACAUUGUCAUUUAUUUACUUCAGCAGGGUGCAAAUCCGGAUGUUGCAACCGUACGUGGAGAGACACCUCUACAUCUGGCAGCACGAGCGAAUCAGACAGACGUUGUCCGUGUUUUAAUUAGGAACGGAGCCAAGGUGGAUGCUCAAGCACGAGAACUUCAAACACCUUUGCACAUUGCAAGUCGGCUGGGUAAUACGGAUAUUGUCGUUCUUUUGCUUCAAGCCGGUGCAAAUCCGAAUGCCGCCACCCGUGAUCAGUACACUCCACUGCAUAUUGCUGCGAAGGAAGGCCAGGAAGAAGUGGCAGCUAUACUACUUGACCACAAUGCUGAAAAGAAUGUGCUGACGAAAAAAGGAUUCACCCCUCUUCAUCUAGCCAGCAAAUACGGAAAUGUCGAGGUAGCGAAACUGCUGUUGGAACGUGGUACACCGGUAGACAUCGAAGGUAAAAACCAAGUCACGCCUCUGCACGUAGCCGCUCAUUACAAUAACGAUAAGGUCGCAAUGCUUUUGCUCGAACACGGAGCAUCUGCCAAGGCUGCGGCUAAGAAUGGUUACACACCAUUGCACAUCGCUGCUAAAAAGAAUCAAAUGGAAAUCGCAGGGACACUGCUACAGUAUCAUGCUGAUCCAAAUGCAAAAUCUCGAGCUGGUUUCACGCCUCUGCACUUGGCCGCUCAGGAAGGUCAUCGCGAAAUGUCUGCUCUCCUUAUCGAAAAUGGAUCUGAUGUCGGUGCUAAGGCUAACAACGGUCUGACAGCCAUGCAUUUGUGUGCGCAGGAAGAUCGCGUACCAGUCGCUGAGGAAUUGGUGAAACACAAUGCCGAUGUGAAUAGUCAGACAAACGCUGGCUAUACACCUCUUCAUGUAGCUUGUCACUUUGGGCAAUUGAAUAUGGUUCGAUUCCUUGUUGAACAUGGAGCAAAUGUUGGCGAGACAACUCAUGCGAGCUACACGCCAUUGCAUCAGGCCGCACAACAAGGUCACAAUCAUUGUGUGCGCUAUCUCCUGGAACACGGUGCAUCGCCUAAUGCUCAAACAACGAACGGACAAACACCACUCUCGAUCGCCCAACGGCUAGGCUAUGUUUCCGUUGUUGAAACAUUGAAGACGGUGACGGAGACAACAGUCAUAACUGAAACGACAACUGUAGCCGAUGACCGCUAUAAGCCACAGAAUCCUGAAGCGAUGAAUGAAACAAUGUUCUCAGAAAGCGAAGACGAAGGUGCCGCUGCAGAACAUGAGGCUGCUACAGCUCACGUCAAGGACUUCUCCGACACACUUACACAAGGCUUGGCCGAUUCAACGGGAGUGCACAUGAUUCACACCGGCGAACAGGUGCUGUAUACUUUACGAGUCCUUCCAAUUAUCUAUGCUCAACCAAUGCACACCGCGGUCAACGACACGUCUGUUUUGGAUCGUUCAUUCACUGCCAAUGAUAACGUACCAAUUGGGCAUAAUGUGGCUCAACCUAGCUUCUUGAUCUCAUUUCUGGUGGAUGCUCGAGGUGGAGCGAUGCGUGGAUGCCGCCACUCUGGCGUGCGAAUCAUCAUUCCACCCCGAAAAGCCAGCCAGCCUGUUCGGGUCACCUGCCGCUAUCUUAGGAAGGAUAAAUUAGCCCAUCCACCGCCUCUCAGUGAAGGCGAAGAACUGGCGUCUAGAAUCCUCGAGAUGGCACCAGCUGGUGCCAAAUUCCUCGGACCUGUCAUCUUAGAGGUGCCACAUUUCGCAUCUCUUCGAGAUCGCGAACGUGAAAUAGUCAUCCUACGUUCUGAUGACGGCCAACACUGGAAAGAGCACCAGCUUGAAGCGACCGAGGACGCAGUACAGGAGGUGCUGAACGAGUCGUUUGACGCGGAAGAAUUGGCUCAGCUUGAUGAUCUCCACACACCAAGAAUCACCCGUAUACUCACCAAUGAUUUCCCCAUGUACUUU